AUGGCCCACCGAAAAGGAGUAGAAGCGGUAGACAGAACUUUAAGGGAUAUAAGACAAAAUGAUCGACCAAUGGGCGGUAUCACGGUUUUAUUUUGUGGUGAUUUCCGACAAACCUUACCGGCAAUACCACGGGGAACCCGAGCUGAUGAGGUUAGGGCUUGCCUAAAAAGCUCUUAUUUGUGGCGUGAUAUACAAUCGGUACAUUUGACUAUAAACAUGCGAGUGAGAACUGGAGAUAACCCGGAUGAUCGUCAAUUUUCUGAUAAAUUAUUAAAGAUUGGGGAAGGUACCUAUCCACAACUACACCAAGGAAAACUUCUUCUGACGCCUCAGAUAUGUUGUAUAGUGCAAUCCCAACCACAUCUUAUAUCGUCGGCUUACGGUGACGUAACAAUUAUAUUAAAUAGGGACAAUUUUUGGCUAUGCGAAAGAUCCAUUUUAACUCCUCGCAAUGACCAGGCAUCUGAGAUUAAUAACAAAAUACUGUCGAAUAUACAGGGAGAAAGCAAAGUUUAUAGUUCAAUAAAUAGAAUGUUCGAUGAACAAGAAGCCACUAAUUACCCGAUAGAAUUUUUAAAUUCUUUAAAUAUGCCCGGACUUCCUUCUCAUGAAAUUUGUUUAAAAAUUGGCAUUCCGAUUAUUCUGCUCCGAAAUUUAAGACCCCCACAACUUUGCAAUGGAACUCGGCUAAAAGUAACCCAGUUGCAACAAAAUAUAAUCGAGGCUCAAAUUUUAACAGGUUGCGGUUCAGGAGAAACCGUCUUUAUUCCCAGAAUUCCCAUAAUAUCAAAUAAUUUUCCAUUCCAAUUUAAAAGAACGCAAUUCCCAGUAUCAUUGUGUUAUGCAAUGACAAUUAAUAAGGCUCAAGGGCAGACUUUUCGUGUUGCUGGAGUAGAUCUCGGUGUCAGUUGUUUCUCGCAUGGUCAGUUGUACGUCGCUUUUUCCCGGGUUAGCAGUUCUAGAACUGCUUACUACUUUCAACAUAGUUAA